UUGAGUUUUGGAAAAAAAUAUCGAAAUGUCAUUUAAGUUUUAAUGGUAGUUAUCGAGAGUGUGGCUUAGUAUGAAGUCCCUGUCUGUCAUUAUCGCCUUGAUAUUGAUCUGCCUACAGUUAUAGUGGCGGCAGUGCAAUAUCAGUCAACUGAUUGGACCAAUUUUGCGCAACUCUGAUCAUAUAAGCUGAGAAUUAAACUUUGCCCUAACUGCCUGGUGCUUGUCCAUAAACUAUGUAGCCUCUUAGAAGGCGAACGCGGGGUCUGGUGAAAGUCUACGCUCCAUACAAAUUUCGAAAAUUUUGUAUGAAAAAAAGAUAAAAAGAAGGGGAAGUUUGGUCCUGAGAUGGCCAAAAAUUAGUCCGCGUAGUUUAUGGAUAGCGCCUCGCCAGCAACCGUGGCAUUAUAUCCUUUUUACGAGUGCAUUUUAUCCCGCUCUCCUCUAUGUUGACGUAUAUUUCCCGGCGUUCUGGUCUCCAUCCCGGUAGCCUGUGCACCCGGCUUCUGUCGUUACACGCACACAACCCAUCUUCUCUGCAAACGUCAAACGUGCGCACUACCAGGAGCGCUAUUGAAUACCCCUUUCUGCGCUUUUCCCUCAACGCCUCAACCAUCGCAUCGCCACGCCGCGGCCCUGUGCGUUCGAAGCAACCGCGAAGCCCGCGUGCGUGACAGGAUUAUUGAUUUUCCGAUUGAUCCAACCAGCUUAGCUCGCGCUCGGUUCGGUUGGUCGGUCGGUCGAUAGGCUAAACUCAGCUCAGCCCAACUUGGGCACUUUAUGAUAGUUUCCGGUUGAGCUCGACUCGACUUAACGCACUUGGCCACUAGCCGCCCGGUUCCAGGCAUCAGUGUGCUACCGGUCGCCGUCAAGUGUGCAACUUCAGAAGUUCAGGGCUCGCCCGAAUUACGCCACCCUCUUGAGAGGGCGGUGGGUGUGGCCCUGGGAGUGGUGUUCCGAAAGUUUGAAGUGGUGAUUUUGAAGUGAGAUGUGGAGAUUGAAGGCGGUUUGCAGAGUGAAAUUGGCAACUUGGCAAGAUGUUGGCAUAGCUGAAAGUUUUGAGUUUAGCUAUUCAACUUCUUGUCUAUUUUUCCAAUUUAUUGACAACGUUGGGGCGGAUUUUGCUGAGGGUGGAAAAGUGUUUGUGACAGAAGUGGGUCCUGGUUUAGAAAGUUGGAACAUUUGAAUCUAACAUACAGAUUUCACACCACGUUGCCAUUGAGUGAGCAACGAUGCUUCUACAGCCUGAGCCUGCGACGCUCAGUGCUGACCAGCAAUCCCAGCAGCAGCAACAGCAGCAACCACCCUCGCUGCAACUGCCAUCAACAGCGACGGCAACGGCGACGCCAACGACGACCACAUCAGUUCAGCAGGUUCAACUUCCGGUGAAUCUUCUCGCCAGCAGCCAGCAGCAGCCUUCGUCGCUGACCUCGUCGUCCAGUGCGUCCUCUACGCCGCCGAUUCAGGAUGUCAGCCGGUAUCUGGAAUCGGUGCAGGAAACUUUGAAGGAAGGCUGGACGGCCCACACGGCCAAGGACGGGAGGCUGUACUAUUGCAAUCACGUAACCCGCACGGCAGGAUGGUUGCCUCCGAUCGAAAACUGGAUCCAAACAAACGACCUACCCUACGGCUGGGAGAAAGCGGUCGACCUCAAAGGACAUCCCUACUACAUCAACCAUCUGAACAAAACCACCACCUACGAGGAACCGGAGCGGUACCACUACAAUGACUCGCCGCCGGAGCCACGGCUGGUGGUGCUCCAUCGGAGCCCCACGCUGGGCUUCGGCUUCGUGGCCGGAAGCGAGAAACCUGUGAUUGUGCGGUUCGUGACCGAGGGCGGACCGAGUGUAAAUAAGCUGGAACCGGGUGACCAAAUAUUAGCUGUAAACGGCGAGGACGUCAAGGACGCACCCCGCGACCAUGUGAUACAAUUAGUUAGAAAUUGCGAAAACACCGUCACGCUGCUGGUGUGCCAACCGCAGCUGUACAAUGCCGUCGGCCGGAAGUCAACCCUGCUGUCGGCCGGCAAGAAGGCCAAGCUGAAAUCCCGCCCCACCCGGGUGCGGUUCGCCGAGAGUGUGUGCGUUAAUGGGGCGCCAUUAUUUCCGCCAUCAGCAUUUUCCCUGGGGGACCUCUGCGUUCCACCAAUGGCGAACGUGCUCAAAGUUUUCCUAGAAAAUGGUCAAACCAAAUCCUUCAAGUACGAUUCGACCACAACCGUACAGGAUGUCGUCACAUCACUACGUGAUAAACUUUGCCUAACCGCCGGCGAGCAUUUCAGUCUGGUGCUGGAGCACGUCAAGAGCUUGAAGCGAAACAAGCUGACCCUGCUGGACCCACAGGAAACCGUCGCCCGGAUAGCGGCCCGGCCCGGUGCCCACAAGCUGCGCUGUCUGUUCCGGGUGACGUUCGUGCCGGUGUCGGCCGCCGGCCUGGCCCAGAAGGACCUGAACGCGCUGGACUAUCUGUUUCUGCAGUGCUGCAACGACGUGACGCAGGAACGGUUCGCUCCGGAACUGCAACCGGAGGUGGCCCUCCGGUUGGCGGCGCUGCACAUGCACCAGCACGCGCUCGCCAACAACAUUUCACCGGCGAAGCUGACGGUGAAAACUGUAGAACGAGAAUUUGGACUGGAUCGCUUUGUGCCUGCUUCCUUGAUCGACGGAAUGAAACGCAAGGAACUCCGACGCCUGCUGGGGCAUUUUCUCAAGCUGAACUCCCAGAUGACGGGCUCUUCGACGAAGAUGUUAACGCAAUUACAGGCGAAAAUUCAUUAUCUGGAUAUAAUCUCCGGGCUGCCGAGCUACGGUGCGAAAUGUUUCAGCACGAAUCAGCGAGAUGGCGUCGAACGGGUCCUGCUGGUUAGUCCUCGCUUCGGGCUUAGCCAGAUAGCCGGGGUGCGGAACACGGUGCCGCAACCGAUUUGCAACCUAGAGGACCUAACCCGCGUCGUGGUGACCCGAGACGACGACGUCUCCAACACGGUAACGGUGUUCAUCAACCCGGAUCGGGUGAUCAACUUCUCGAUGGAAGAUCGGGACGCCUGUGAAUUUGCCAUCGUUCUCGCCGGAUACUAUCGACUGAUGGCCGGCAAAGAACUUCCCGUGGAACAGGAACGUGAAACAACGGUGGAGGAGCUGGCGCCGCCCUAUCUUUCGCAGCACACGGUUCUGCACGCUAGCUGGAGUUACCUUCCGACGGAGAAGCAAACCCACAGUAUGGCCUUCCUGAUGCCGCCGCCAUAUCAUUCCACCAAGACGGUGUACAUUCCGUCGAAAUCGGAAUCCGAUUGCGACCGGAACAUGAACAACACCCUCACGUCGAACAAGAAUCUCAAGCUGGCCGGCCAUGACGAGUAUGGUUUCGAGCUGCACCAUCCACGGGUAUCCAGGGAUGGGUUGGAGCGAGCCGCAGGCGGAGGAUCCCUGAAGCAUAACAUGUCCGAGGCACGCAACGAGGAAGUCCUGCGAAGAGUAGCCGAAAUGCAGAAAAUGGUCGAGAGCUCGGAACGCUAUCUCAACGAGCACGGGGAGUACUGUCACGAGUUUGACGUCCGACCUGGCAAGUUGAACCUCUGGCGCGAGACUUCCGUUGACGUGGAAAGCGACUGCGAAAGUUUGAACAGUAGUAAGCAGUCCUCGAAUGAGGAUGCACCAGGAGUACUUCGGCACAGUGAUUCGCUCACUCUACUUUCCGAAACGAUCAAUCAAGGCCUAGACGGUAUUGCAAAAGGUCUCAACUCAAUCUACACUGCUCCGUUCAGUGAAGUUAACGGCCGGCUGGACAACACUUCGGCCCACAGUACUCCCAAAAGCCAACGUAAAGUUCAAGGCCUCAGUCAAAUCCUCAGCGAUCUGCAAGCACUUGGAAAUGACCUGUCGCAAAGUGAGAGCGAUUCGGAGUCGUUGUACACUCCGAACAGUUCUCCAAUUCACAAUAAGAAUGCAAACCAGAUGCCUCAAACUAGCCUAAGAAAUAAGACUCUCCGAACGAGUUUCGGCCUGCACAGCCCAGACAGUUCGAUUCUUGGUUGUGAUACAAAGGAUAUGAAUCUGAAGGAAUACCUUCGUCAGCUCAAGGAGGCCAGCAGUAGCGAUAGCGCGGGAAACACGGAUCUAGCUGCCAAGAAAAUCGCAGAACUAUACGGAUACGAAAUCGGUGAAGAUACGAUCAUUGAAACCGAUCCAGAUAUCAUAGAUCUUCGCUCGAUUCCACCACCACAAACUCCAGACGAGCUUGACAACCUGAACGUACUGAAUGUGCCCCCAACAGGAUUUGACGACGGGUCAACCGCAAACUCUGCAGAACAGGACACUUCUGCCGUUGACACCGUCGUAGGUGAUCUCGAAGAGUUCCUCAAAAAGGUAACCAUAGCACCCCCUACUCAGAAGAUCACACCAGCCGUAGAAUUAACCCCCGAGGAGAUCCUAUCUUACAUCAUUCCUCCACCGCCGGGCCUGGCCGAUUCCGAACCCGGCACGAAACAAACCAAACCACCAGCACUGAAAACCAAACCUUCUAGCAUCCAACAGUUAGCAAACAACAACACAACCAAUGCCAAGAACCUCAAUCACUCGGAAACGCCAGUGCCACGGCCUAGAAUCAGCACUGAAACCAACUCCAUCAAUCUACUGGCCAAGUACGACAAGUCCCGCUUCGAAGUCUACUAUCCCCCGGAGAUGCGAGAAGAGAAGUCCACCGAAUACGACCUCUACAGCAACAGCGAGGCGGCCAACGCCAAUAAAUCAGCGACCCAAUCCGAGAAAACCAAUGGCCACGUUAUCGAAUACCCAACCGUAGAUAGAAAAGGCCCAUUCUCCUGCUGUACAAAGACGAAAAAAGAAAAGACUGAAGAAACCCCAGACCAACAAGCUUCCAACGGGGUCCUCAAUAACGAUUCCUUAGCUUUGCCCCCGAAACGAUGUCCACACACGCCUGAAAAAAGCCCACCGCCUGAUCGCCCUCCAAAGAGCGCUGAACUCCAACUCAAGCUGAACUCUCCCGUGCGCUCUCCAAACUACGCCAAAACCAACGGCAACUCAGGAAACUACUACGAAAUGGACCCUCCGUCGCUGCCACCGCGCUUCGAAAAACAAUCCACCUCUCCUCCUCCGGUCAUCCUCUCCACACUGCCCCCUAAGAAACCUCCACUACCUCCUGUCCCCCCGAAACCCUGCAUUCGUAGUCCCGUUCCUAUUCUCAAAAACCCCGUUACAUACACGCUGUCCGCUUCGGCAACCAACUCCCCCGUUCGAACGGCUGGCAUCGGUUCGCCACACUUACACCGUAAUCCAAACUGUUAUAGGGAAAUUGAACGAGCUUUCAACCGUGACGACCUAUCGGACAAAUCCUCCUCCCCGGUGGCACACUCUAUGUCGCCAACGCCGACCAACCGCCAGAACGGACACUACCGCUCUCACAGCGAUUGUCCACCGGUUUGUCUGAAGAACCCUUCCGCCGAGAACAAACCGCAACUUUCGCUGCUCUGCUCGCCGCAGAUGUCCCGCAAGACCAACCUGAGCAACCCAAGCAGUCCCAUCCUGUCCAACAAAAAUGGCCACAUCCUAAACGUAGACAUCCUGAUGUCCAAAACGGACGUGGCCAUGGCCGGCCUUCUCGUCAAACUGGACCAAGUGGCGGCGAUGUGUUCCGCCGCUCAAACCGCCGGCGGUGGCACCAGCAUCGACGAAGACAAGUUCCAGCGAGCCAAGGACGAACUCACGGACCAGUCCCUGCACCUGGUCACCUCGUCCAAACACCUGGUGGUGUCAAUGUCCGACGCCAAUCUGACCAACCUGCCGGAGCACCUCACCGCAUGCCUAUCGGCGCUCCGGCGGAUCACCGAGCUGGCCCAAGACCUGACCCGGUACACCUCGGCACCGCUGCAAACCAGGAACAUCGUGCUGAAGAUCCACGACGUGGCGUCCAGCUUCCGGGAGCUGGCCUGCGUUCGGGUGGGCCCGCAGGGAGCCGGACAGCUGGCGCUGCACGCCGAGUGUUUGGCGAAUGUCCUGGCCACGCUGCUGCGCAGUUUGAGGGUUUUCUCCCCCUAGGGGUACGCCGCCGACAGCAGCGGAGGGGAAGAAAGUUGCUGUUUUCUUUGUAAAUAGGGGUAGGCUAGGGGUCGGUACGCUUAGGUUUAGCUGGUAAGUUGUUUAUUUGUGUAUGGUAAGUAUUUUGUUGAUGAAGUUCAAAGUUAGGGCAUCUUAUUGAUUUAGGAAGUACAUGUUAUUUAUUAGACUUUUAGAUAUACGUUGAUGAUCUUAGAUCAGUUGAUGCAAAGGAAAUUAGUUGAAUCGGAUUGUAUGUGUAGAUGAGAUGAUAGAUAAUUGGGUGAACCUUUUGUCGUGCAAUAUGCCGAAAUUUAUGCAAAACCUACCACACUAAAAUCAACAAGUAUGAAUCCUCAAAAGGUUUUUACAGGUCUUUCAAAACUUCUAAGGCCUAAAGCGCCUUGACGAACACUUUCUAACUUCCGGAUGAAACAUUUCAAGCCACAAGACUUUCGAUCAUCUGGACGCAACCUAUCAAGCUCCCAGGCGAAACCUUUCAAGCAUUAGGACAAAGCCUUUAAAAACUUCUGAUAAAAGGUUUAGACGAAGUUUUUAAAGCUGCUGUGCAAAUCUGAACAAGUUUUUGGACGUAGAUUUUUACGAAAUCUCGUCAAAUCUCUGCGGCUCUGGUCAAAGCCUCUCAUGAUUCUGGACGAAUUCAUUGAAGAUUUUAUACGAAACACUUCAAGCUUAACGAUGAAGCGUUUCAAAACGACUUCAAAUCAAGCUUGCUAUUUGAUGAAAACAUUCGCGAAAUGAUGCGAUUUGCUUUCAACAACGAAUACGUUUUCACCCAUCCUCGCUUUAUUCAAUCAACCUCCCAUACGAGUAGCACACGAACGGACUCAACACUGAUCAGCAUAGUUGACUCUUCCUUUUCGCCGUUGAGCCGUUGCGUUCUAGCCAAGCAUCUCUUUUCAUCGCUUUCGAUGCUUUUCGACAGCUUAUCGCGAAGCAUCGUUGGCUGGAAGCUUUAUUAGUAUGGUAUCGGUACAUGCGAAUGUUGCUUCUGUGUGCGUGUCGAGCGUUCGUGCCGUAGCUUCGCAAACCAACCUAUUCGGUAUGGUUCGGCUGUUCGGGCGAGCGUGUGGCGGCACAGUCAGAUGUGUGCAAAAUCAUUUGUGAUUUACAUCAUGUUCGUUUUGCCACCUCUUUGCUGCUGGUCAUCGCUGAUCAGUGCACAGUUCAAUCGCACGCGAUAAAUAUACAGUUGAUGAGUUGUGAUGAGCACUAGUGAGGUGAUAAUUUACAUCAUUGCUUCAAAUAAACUUUCGAGCGUCUGAACCAAGCCUCAUAAGUUCCUUCAAGCAUUUGAGUGAAGUCUUGUAAAACAUCUGAAGGUGAAUAUUACGUAAUUUACUUGAAUAAUCCAUUCCCAACCUUCUUAGCAAAGAACAGUAGAAUCGCUUGGCAUAACACGGUACCUCCCAAUGAAGGCGACUUGCUUCGCUAAUGCUCCACUAUCCUUUGAGGAAGCUUCACACUGAAUAACGGAAACCAAGCGCACUCAUCGUGAACAACAGUGACAUUCUCGUUUGUUUUUUUUUUUUUUUUUUGAAGAAUUAACAGAACCAAAAUUAUUCGGUAGAAAGCUUGACAAGUUUUGAGAAUUUCAUUAUUCAUUUUCGCGUAAGUGACUGUGGUUACGGGUCCGCCACAUCCCCUUUUGGCCCUUCAUACAACAGCGGUAUGUUGCAUUCAGAGUGGUAAUGGCAUUUGUCUUAAGUGUUGAGUGGAACUGCAUGCAGUCCAAAACUCAAACUAGGAUGAUGACCACUUCUGUACAUAUUCAAACAGUCUCUCAUACUAUCGAAGCACAUAAGAAACUCUUAGAAAUAUUCCAAAUACAAUACACCCAAUUUACAGCUAUUGGAGUAGCUUUAUCGAAAAAUUUUAUGUCGAUUUUAAUCAUUCUUAUUCUUCUUCUUUAUGGCUCGGCGUUCUCACUGGAACUGGGCCUGCCUCUCUUCAACUUAAUGUUCUUUGAGCACUUCCACAUUUAUUAAUUGAAGGGCUUCCUUUGCCUGGCAUUGCAUGAAUUUGUAUAUUGUGAGGCAAGCACAAUGAUAUUCUAUGCCCAGGAAGCCGAGAAAAUUUUCCCGACUGGAACGGGAAUCGAACCCAUCGUCUCUGGAUUGUCUGGAUAGCCUUAACCACUAGGCUAACGGGAGAUUCGUUUAAUUGUUGUAGAGGCUUCAAAAAUACACGUUUUUGAAGAUGCAUCAAACGAACCACUCCUCAAUACGGAGCUUUUACGAUCAAAUUAGGAUUUUGUAGGAGAUACAAUCGAAAAAAAUAGUUUUCAAUGUUAAAUCUCAGUUUAUUUUUUUUGGGAGUCCCUUUACAAAUUAUUUUUUGGAAUUCCUAUGGCAUUAAUUUUCCUCUGCUGAUUUCCUUCGGCCAUUUAUUUGAGAACUUUUUUGGUAAUUCGACCCUUCGACAAUUACUUUUUCUCGAUACCUUUCGGCAUUUUUUCUAGGCAUUCAUUCAGUAACGCCUUUGAGGUUUUUUCGGCAAAUACCUUGAAAAUUUCAUUGACAACUCUUCUAGAAAAAAAAAUGGUUUGAUGAGUGAUUCCCAUAAACUUUUUUUUUCGCCAUAUCCUUUCAAAAUUUUCUUUGGAAAUUCUUUCGAAAAUUCUCUCCACUAAGUUUUUGCAAUUUAUUUGGUAAUUAUUUUGAAAACUUAUUUGAAAAUUUAUUUGAAAAUUACUGAUCGGAAUUAUAUGGCAAUUCCUUCGCUCAAACCCUUAGGAAGUGUUCUAGUAUUUUUUUUUUAUAAAUAUAUUUCUAGAACUCUGUACGAGAUGAAUUAGCCGAGGGCUGAAAACCUCGAUAAUAAAUCAAAAAUAAUAAUAAACAAUAAUAGAAUUGUCAAAUUCAUUGGAAAUUUAUUUGAGAAUUUUUUCAACAACUCUUUUGGAAAUUGCCUCGAAAAUUCCUAUGCGAAUUGAUCCGACAAAGACUUUCAAACUUUUUCGCCAAGUUCUUUUUCUUUGGCAAUUCCUUUCAGAUUUUAUUUGAUUAUUUCUUCGGAGUUUACGUUGGAAAUUAUUGUGGCAAUUUGUGUGUAAAUUUCUUUUAAACUUCUCUGAGAAUUUCUCUGGCAAUUGCCUCUGCUUCUUCGGGAGAUUCCUUCGGAAAGUUCAUUGUAAAUGCUCGAAAGAAAAUCUGGUGUGGAAUUUUCUGAAGUAAUAAAAGACAGAAUUCCAAAUGGAAUUGCCGAAAAAAUUUUCAAAGAAACUGCGAAUAAACUUCAAAAAAUGCUUAAGAAAUUAUCAAUGGGAUUGCACAAUUUUGGAACCAGUCAAUUCUAUCAACCUUUUACAUUAAUAUAAUAUGAAAUAUUUUAAAUAUCGAUUGGACCAAAGUUGUAAUUUUGAAUUAUAAGAGCUAUAAAAUCAUCAGAAAAUAACGUAUUAUCGGUUUGAACUCAGCAAUCAUCGCCACUUCAUUUUUGUUUCAUUGCUUGAAAAUAAUCAAGAGUACAUGAGAAUGGUAAUUUAACUAGAAAUUCUAUCCGUCAUAUUUUUUUUUAUAACAAAGAUACAUACCUGAGAAAAAUCAAAGUUUCAACGGAAUUGCCGAUGACAUUCUCAAUGAAACUGCCGCAGAAAUUUUCAUAAGCACCACGACCUUUCACUAAUAUAAUGUCUGGAAAAUUCAGAGGAAUUGCAAAAUUCUUAAAAAACAAAUGUAAAUUCCUUCUGCAAGGAUUUUUUUUAAAGAAAUUGCCGAAAUAUUCCUCAAACAAUUUGUCAACGGGAUUCCGAAACGCAUUGGUGGAGAAAUUUUCAAGGGAUAUUGAGAAAAUGCAUCAGAAAAAAAGCUGAAUGGAAUUGCCGAAGCGAUUGGCAUUGCCGAAAGAAUUCUCAGAGGGACUGCUUGGCGAGUUCCAGAAAACAAAAUAGCACAUAUAAUUGCAAAGAUAAUUAUCAAAUAAACUGCUGAAUCAA